UGACGGGUCGUGGGAUCACGGGUCGUUCAUCUUGCGGUCUUUCGUGGCUACCUCGACGUUGUCUCCUUUCUUGUAGAAGUUGGGGCCAACCCAAAUCAGCUCUUGACGGAAACUGGGAAAACUGUAAAAACUGUAUUGCAUCUUGCAGCUCAAGGAGGGCAUGUUGACAGACCACCGCGGGUUGACGCCGUUGCAUUGCGCGGCAGAGAAAGGCGAUCUUGACAUUGUGCGGCAUAUGGCAGCUCACUGGGGCCGUGACGUUGUCCAUUUUCUUGUUGAGUCUGGCACAAAUCAUUGCGCAACAACACGUGGAAGGACUGCUUUGGAUGCGGCAUCCGAACGUGGCAACACCUACUUGUCUGAGUUCGAGGCAGAAUCACCCCGCAGGAAAGUCCGAAGAGUAAGCAGCCCGGAUAGACAAAGUAAGCAGCCCACAUCAGGAACGACAGAUGAGAUUGGUGACUCUGUGAUUUCCAGUUUCCAACAUGUAUUGUUUUGGCAACUUGGACUUCCACUUUGGCAAGCCUUCAACACCUUUGCUUCCAACACCUUUGCUCAAUGGCAAAAUCAGUGGUGCUACGAAGAAAUCCACGCUGCAUCUGGCAGCUCGGGGCUGGACGUGGUCCGCUGGUGGCGGUGACAAAGAUCGGACAGGAGUGGAGCAAUUCCUCGACAUGCCUCGACCACACAGGGAAUAGUUGCAAAA